UUGAUGUCAAUCAAGUGACAACACUAAUCAUAUCGGGGCUUAUUCACGUAAUUCAGCUGGGGCAGAAUGGUAUUUUGUGGUUCGUGUGGUUGGUGGAAGUUCCUCGAAAAUGGCAUUUGUGAGAUUAUUGACUAAGAUAGCAGGUUUCAACAUUGAACAUGCAUUGUUUGCAAGAAUUAAAUAUAAUUGAUGAUGUGUUCCUUCCUCCAUCAUGAUAUAAUUAUUUAGUUUCAGCGCACUGAGAAUGGCUGUGAAGUUUUCUAGAGUCACCCUUGCCUGGUGUGGUGCAGCAUUUCUCCUAAGGCUAGUCCUGGUGGUGUACGGAGAGUGGCAGGAUAGGACUAUGCUCGUCAAGUACACGGAUGUUGACUAUCACGUCUUCACUGAUGCUGCUAGAUAUGUGUCACAGGGUUCGUCUCCAUAUGAGAGAGCUACAUAUCGCUACACCCCUCUUCUAGCCUGGGCUCUCACCCCAAAUAUUCUCCUCACUCCAGUAUUCGGCAAGAUAAUCUUCAUCCUCUGUGACGUUCUUACCGGUACACUCAUCCUAAAGAUGCUGAAACUCUCAGGCUGUCCGGAUCAGGCAGCUAUCAACAGCGCCCUCUUGUGGUGGCUGAACCCUUUACCCAUGACCGUCUCGAGUCGGGGAAAUGCCGAGUCGAUCAUGUCGGUGUUGGUUUUGUCGACGCUGUAUGCUUUGAUGAAACGUCAUACUCGAGCUGCCGCCUUCCUGUAUGCUGUGUCUGUCCACGUUAAAAUCUACCCAGUCACCUACUGUGUUCCUAUAUACUUUCUUCUGGGUAGCGACUUUUGUGAGAAGCCCCUCCUGAAGAGAUCGGCACUCCAUUUGAAAGACCGAAUUUUGAGGAGGAUUGCUGAGCUGUUUUGGCCUUGCAAGUCUCGUCUUGAAUUUGUCUUCGUGUCGGUAGCCACGUUUGCGUUGCUUACAGGGCUUAUGUAUUACUGCUAUGGAGACAAAUUCUUAGAAGAAACCUAUCUAUACCAUGUAACACGGCGCGACGUCCGGCAUAACUUCUCCCCUUACUUCUACAUGCUGUACCUAACCAGCGAGUCACCGGUAUCCGUCAUGGUCGGUCUCCUAGCCUUCUUACCACAGGCAUUGCUCAUGGUAGCAUUGUCCGUUCGAUACUACAGGGACCUUGCGUUCUGUUGUUUCACUCAGACAUUCCUGUUUGUGGCUUUCAACAAAGUGUGCACCUCACAGUACUUUCUGUGGUAUCUAUGCCUCCUUCCUCUCGUCAUCCCAACUCUGAGGAUGAAACUUUCAGAAGCUCUCUGCCUCACAGGUCUUUGGUUUCUCGGACAGGCACUGUGGCUGUAUUUCGCCUACUGCUUGGAAUUUGAAGGACAUGAUACUUUCUUGUUUUUGUGGCUCGCUGGCCUCGCAUUCUUUGCGGUGAACAUUGGAAUAUUAGUCAGAAUCAUGAUGUCCUAUGAGGAACACCGGACUUUCUGUGGAGGCAAGUUGGCUCCCAUUGGCCAAGACAAAAGAUGACGGCAAGGAUAAUUUGGGGGGGGGGGGAGCUUUAAGUAUUAUUUAUGCAGCAAGAAAUUUUAACGCCUCACGUUUAAAUACAUUUUGUAUUUUUGCGACAUUUUAGACAUCUUUUGCUACAACGAAUGAAACUCAAACCACACCAAAUACUGUAUUUUGUCUUUGUUAUGAAUAAGAUACAUUCAAUUUAUUCAAUCUUGAAUCCUGAUGUAAACACAUAAAUCUCUAAUGAUGUGAUAAGACCUUAAAGCAGCAUGAAUGAAAUUGAAAAUAAAAACAGUGUUUGUAAAUUUGUUAUCAUAUUCCCAUGAUGUACCGAGUACAGUGACUUUCUUCGCUGUCCCCGUUACAUCUGACAUCUAUGAUUUUAUUUCACUGAUGCACUCCUUAAUGCAGUCGUCAUUCUGGACCCUAAAUUAAUAGAAUUCCCGAUUAACAAACUUGCACAAUAAUAGUCAAGAAUCCUCUGUAUAGGGUUUCCUGAAGACACACCAUAGAUGACGUAUGAUAUUUGUCACAGGUACCAGCUUAAGUGGAGAACAAGGCAAUUUACAAAACCAUGGCCUCAUUUCAGCUUCACCUUCAUCUAUGACUUCA